AUGUUUUUGCCUCGAGCUCUGACAAAGGGGAACAAGAACCAGCUCAAAGCACCUCCGCGCGUAACGCACGCGAUCCCCUCCUCCCUCUCGCACGAAUCAUCUGAACGGAGGCAGGAAACACAGGAGGCUCCCUCUGAUACUACUGCGAAGGGCAAGUCAAAAGAAGCAGCUCUUAAUGAAGACUACGCGUCCGCGGUCGUGCUCCCACUCUCCGACUACGCGUUUUGGGAGGAUGAAGAGUGGGCGAGAGAGGUCAAGAAUGGGCAAGGAGCAGGAUACAGGGAUAUGGAGGACGCGGGGUACGUUCCCCUCAGUCGCGUAUUCGAGCGGAAUGGUACUCCGUUAGAAGCCAAGGAGGAGAUCGAUGUCGUUCGUGCGCUACGCCACUACUGCCCCGACGAUAUCGAAGUACGCAUGAUCGUCGCGGACCCAUCUUCGUCGAGCGGCGUAGGCGGGUACGAGGUGCGCCGACGAAAGGCACCGACGCGUCGCUAUUCUCCGGAUGAUUGGGAUGCACGGACGGUUUACCUAGAGAACAUACCUCCGCAAUACCGAACGAUCUCAGGCGUCCAUCGUCUAGUCGCCGCCUGCCUCGAUGGAGGCUUAGCGCGCGUCGCGCACAUCAUAUUCCCCACAAGCCCUUCCGAUCGCCCAAGAGGUCCUCCCAAAUGCAGAGGCUACGCCCUCGUCACCCUGCUCGACGAGGCAGACGCAACAAAACUUAUCGAAGCGUACCCAUGGCGUAGCCGUCCUUCGACCUCCGAAAGUGAAGGUACCGACCCUCGAUCUGAGGCGACGCGUUUCGGUCUGCGAGCACUGUCGAAGGCGCGAUGGGACGAGCUUCAGUCGGAGUAUCAAGCACGAAAGGCUCGCGUCAUGAAGGAGAUUGCUGCGUACGAAGACUCGCAACUGGCGGGUAUCGUGCAUAGGACGGACGCACGCGAGCGCAAGUCACCUAUACCGCAUGAAGAAGCAGCACCACUACCAGAGAUCAUGCCGUCGACUGGGCCUGCGCUCGAUGCCUCAGCACCUUACCCCUACGGCUGCCUCGUCUUCGUGCGCGGUGUGCACAUCGAGACGAACAAGACGACGCUGAAGACGCUCUUCGGGCGCGCAGUCGCGGGCGAAGGCAUCGACUACGUCGACUACGCCAAGGGGAUGGACUCGUGUCACCUUCGCCUAGCCACCCCCGCACACGCAGAACGUCUACACAAGUACUUUACCUCCAGAAGGUUGAGCCAAACGUCAGGGCUCGACGACGAGGGCAAGGAGGGAGGCUUGACAGGCGUAAUUACCACAGAGAUCGUCCUCGGGCGGCGAGAGGAGCUCUACUGGGAGAAGGUGCCGGAAAAAGUACGCGCGCAAGCGGUAGCGAAAGCUAUCGGGUCUACGAGCAAAGUUGAGGCAGAGACGGACGGCUCUCGUCCUAAAAAGCGGCGGAAGAGGUAG